AGUUCUAGCUGCGAACAGCAGUUGGCGCUGCAGUUAGAAAAAUGAGCUUCCUUCUUUUUUUCUGCCGCAGAUCGAUCAGAAACUCAAAAUGAGAUGUGAGCCGAAUUUAAUUUAGUUUCACUACUGGCCACUAGUUUUAGCAGUAUUUUGAAUAUGUGUUUACAAUUUUUGUUUAUACCUGCGUAGCUGUAAUUUGUAAGAUAAUGGAACCCGUUUGAAGAACUUUCUGAUAAACUCCCCAACUCCUUAUUUUGGUUCGAAUGAUGGAGAUCAAACUUGAUGGGUGUCGAUUAUGUCUGGAGGAGCUGAGUAGUGCUAGCUGUCAUCUGGAGAAUCCAGACCUCCAGGAACAAAUGAAGAACGUAUUCUAUUUUCCGAUUGAACCAAAAUCAGGGUGCUCUAGCAGCGUGUGUUCAACCUGCACGUUUGUCAUUGCGGAAUUUUAUCAAUAUGCCGAGAAAGUUCGUCAAAACCAAGAUAAUCUCAGUAUUGCACUGUCCACUGAUGUCAACUGUAGCACCAACACGGAGUCGCUCAUCAAAUCUGAACCAUUGGAACAAGAAGAUGGUGAGUCGGAUUUACCAUUGGAACCGAAACAGGAAAUGCUCACAGACAGCGAUAACUUCAGUGAUAUGGAAGUUUUUGCCGAUAGCUACGAACUUCCCACUAAGCGUCGAAGAUGUGCUCCGAGGAAAAAACAAUCUAGGAAGGGCAAGGAAAAGAAAAUUAAAACGGAAAACGAGGGGUGCUCACGAAAACAGAAAAACAAGGAACAAAUCGAACAAGAAGAUAAAACUUUAAACGAUUUCUUCCAGAUGAUUUGCGAAUUGUGUGAGCACAAAGCGGAAAAUUUCAAAUUAUUACUGAGUCAUUUCAAAGAAAUUCACCUGCAGCCCGGAUAUGUGGUUUGUUGUAAGAAAAAAAUCUAUCGGCGCUUUAAGUUGGUGCAACAUAUGCAAACUCACAUAAGUCCAGACGGGGAGCUGUGCGAGAUUUGUAACAAAAGUUACAAAAACCUACGAAUGCACAGGGUUGCAAUGCACGCCAAGCAGGAAGAUAAACACUUCAAAUGCGAUCGUUGUCCGAAGGAAUUUAGUCAAAAGGGAUUGCUCAGGGCCCAUUUGAUGCGGCAUGAGAAGGUUCAAUGCCCACAUUGCGAUAUGAUGCUUUCGAAUAGCCAAUCAUUGGCUAUCCACAUCAUCAAUAAACACAGCAAUGUGGACCGACGAAUGAUUUGCGACGCCUGUGGUCAAGAAUUUCUUAACAAGCUGUGCUUCGAUCGGCACGUUAAAGAGCACAUGGGCAUAGAAGUACACAAAAAGUUACAAUGCCACAUUUGUCAAAAGUGGUUGAAAGGCGAACGAGGGCUGCAGAAACAUUUACAAUUUUCCCACUAUGAACGAGCCCAAACGCACGAAUGUGACGUAUGUCAUCAGCAAUACCCCAAUUCGCGAGCAUUAUUUGAUCACAAACGCUUGGUGCAUGUCCGGGCCAAAUUCGAGUGUGAUUUCUGCGGGAAGCAGUUCAAGCGAGCUAGUAAUCUUAAGGAACAUCGGACAAUCCACACGGGGGAACGGCUCUAUAGUUGCGAUUAUUGUGGAACGUCGAUGAACUCUAAAGCGAACCUGUAUACUCACGUCAAAAAAACUCAUCCGACAGAAUGGGCGGAAAAGAAACGUCUAGCUGACGAGUCUCGUGCACCUAAAUCCCAAUCUUAAUAUCUUCUUCAACUAGAUGUUUAAGACAUGUACUCCUGAUGUUUUCAGUAUUAGUAUUAGUUGUAUUUAUGAAUAGGCGAAACCACCUAAGCUUACAGACAACUUUA